UAGCUCCCUGCAUGGCCAUACAAAAGAGUUGACAAUCCUGCCCGAACGCAAAUGCGGAGCUAAACAAAAACCAAAAAACUCAAGAAUCGGCUGAAAAACCCAGGGGAUUACGAGUGAGCCAUGGACACGGAGGAGGGAAAGCGAGGCCGCGGUCGUGGCCGUGGCACCAGGGCGCGUGGGCGUGGACGGGGCCGUGGACGCGGUCGUGGCAAGAAAAUCGACGACAGCAGUAUCGCCGAUGCCGCCGCAGCCGCAGCCCUGGCAGCCAGCAGUUGUGCAGCCCUGGAGGACAGUCCCGGGCGAUUGGAGCCAUCCGAGGAUUCGGUGAUGCAGGACCUGGACAAGGAGGGCGACAUGGAGGCGGUCAACGCCCUCGAAGAGCCCACACUGCCGCAGGGCGCACAAGGAACCAUCGCAGUGGGCGAGGAGAUGACGCCACCGGCGCCGCAGCCACAGGUCCUGCAGCAGGUGCCGCCGCCUGUGCUCAGCCAGACAAUUGACAUGGAGGCGGACAUAUCGCAGCUGGAGGCGCCCACCUUCACCACACUAUCUCGCGGACCUCCCGAGCCAAUGCUGCGCCUGAAGUGGAACCACAAGGUGAGCCUGAUCGGCGAGAAGGUGCUCAACCCGAUGAUCCAUUGCUGCGAUCAGUGCGACAAGCCGAUUCUCGUCUACGGACGCAUGAUACCCUGCAAGCAUGUCUUUUGCCUCAAGUGCGCCCGCGCCGAGCCCAUCAAGAGCUGUCCCCGCUGCACGGACAAGGUGCUCCGUGUGGAGCAGAGCGGCCUGGGCACCGUGUUCAUGUGCACGCACGGCGGCAGUCGGUACGGGAGCUCCGGCUGCCGCCGAACCUACCUCUCGCAGCGGGACCUGCAGGCGCACAUCAACCACAGACAUGUGGCGCCGCAGCCGCCACCGUUGAACCAACUGCCACAGCUGCCGUCCAUGGCGGAGCAGCCGAAAAUGACGGAUCUGGGCGGCGUCGGUCUGGGCCUGGAGUUGCACAAGCAGCGCAAGCUCUCCGAGUCGUCUGUCCCCGUGUCCGUUUCCGCCUCCAUUGCCCGCCCCCUAUCACGACCACUGACCGGCGUCGGAGGCAUCGGUAGCAUACCGCCGCCAGGAUCCGCAGCUGCCCAAAACGCCAUCCACGGCGGCCACUCGACGCUGACGCUGGCCAAUUUGGCCAGGAUCAACAAUGCCAAUGCCCAGGACUGUCAUCAGGGCAAGGCCUCGCUGCACCACAGCCUCAAGAAGGGUCCGCCCCACCAGUCCGAGUCGGUGGCCGAUGCCUCCUACUACAGCAGCGUGCUGGCCUCCUUUGGCAGUGCGGCCGGAGGAUCAGCAUCGGGUUCGGGCCCACCGGGAGGCGUGUCAGCAAGCGGACAGUCAGCUGCAGCUGGAGGACCAGGGGCCCAGGGUGGUGGCUCCGGCUCCGCAGAGACGUCAGCUGGUGGCUCGGGUGGCAACUGGCAGCAAUCGCAAUACUACAGAUAAGGGGCGAACCAAAACCCACAGGGGCGGCAGGUUUUCACGCAGGCACGGCUUUUAAUUAAGUGAACUACAUGUAUGUUAAGAAGAAAAUGAUUAAAAGUAUUUUACGGGGUAAAAGCAACCCGAAAAUUGAAA